AUGUUACCGGAGUGUUUCAAGCGCGCGGCGGGCAAAGGCGUGACGCUGGAACGGGGCACGUUCGCCGACAUGGCUCUCUCCAUUGACACGCUACGGCAGCAGAACAAGUGGUUCAUCAUGUCAUUCAAGUACGAAGGGUUAACGACGAAUCCCAAUCCCACAACGCAGCCGUACGACGAGUACGACUCAAAGCGGCACGCGAUCGCAGACAGGUCUGCGAUCAAGGCUGAAUUCGCCAGCAUGAGGGCCGACCAGCAACCGGGGACGGCCAUGACGUAUCUGCAGUGCCAGACGACGCUGACGAAUAGCAGCCUGCCACUUACGGCAGUGGUCAUGUUCCACAAUAGCAUCCUGCUUGCGCAAAAGGCGAAUACGGACCAGGUGACGCUGGACUGGUUGUAUGCGCAUGCAAAGGCGAAAUUCGGGGACGAUCACCUGCUGGUGAUUCUGAAUGACUUUUUCGAUCUAGCGACUACGGAUGUGGCAAAUCAGAUUACCAAGAUGAGGCUUUGGGAUUCUUGA